UAUGCCAUUAAUAAUAUUGAUUUUGUAUAUUAGAAAUUAAUAAAUAUUAAUAUUUUAAAUUAAAUUCAUAUAUAUAUAGUAUGAGUAUAUGGCCAGCAUUUACAAGGAAGACUGAGGUUUCAUAUAUUCAGUCAUAAAAACAUUUAAGGAAAACCAGUUGUUGAGUUCAGAGUUCUCUUUAAUAUUGUUUAAAAAUAUAUUUUAAAUUGAGAUGUGUUUAGAAGAAACAGCAAUCCAGUCUUACGUCUUAUGUUCAAUUAUUCUUGGUCUCAAAAUAUUGAUUAUGGCAAUAUUGACAGCAAGAGUACAAUACAAAAAGAAAGUAUUUGCAAACGAAGAGGACGCUGAAAAGACUAAGGGAAUAGUGAAGUUCGAUGACCUCGAUGUCGAGAGAGUCAGGCGAGCUCACUUGAAUGAUUUGGAAAAUAUUCCUGUGUUCUGGAUAUUGGGUGCUUUUUACCUGACCACCGGACCACCCAGCGAGUGGGCAACUCUCUUGUUUAGAGUGUACACCGCCAGCCGUGUUAUACAUACCAUCGUGUACGCCAUUAGACCCCUGCCUCAACCAGCGCGUGGCUUUGCAUACGAUAUACCAAACUUUAUCAUGUUGUACAUGGGAGUCAAAAUCAUUUCUCAUUUCAAAGCUACAUUCUAAUUUAAGAUAUACGCCAUAAUUAAGAUUUUAUAAGCAUUGUUAAUAUGUCUGGGUAAGGAGAACAGCCUUGUGAAUCUCGAAUCUAUUUUUAUUAUUAAUAGAGCUUUAAAUGAAAAUUUAACUUUUUUACAUAUAUUUUAUAUGAAUUUUACUUUAAUAAAAAAAUUAAAACGUU